AUGCAUCACCAUGAACAGCCGCCACGGAAUGCAUGUAACGGGGGCGCACGCGAAGGCGGAUUGGUAUGGCGUGGGUGCACAGCCGAGUGCGACGCAGAAGACGGCACGGCGGGUACGCUCACCGACGGCAACGCCAACCCAGGAGACAAGUUGGAGGGGUCGGACGCAGCUCCGGACGACCCUGUUCACCUCAAGAGACGGGUGGGACUCUUCAGUGGGGUGGCUCUAAUUGUCGGCACUAUGAUAGGUUCUGGAAUAUUCGUCUCGCCCUCUGGGCUUUUGGUCCGCACAGGCUCAGUGGGCAUUAGCUUCAUCAUUUGGAUGGCAUGUGGCCUGCUCUCACUGCUUGGAGCGCUCGCAUACGCAGAGUUGGGAACAAUGAACACGUCGUCAGGCGCUGAAUACGCCUACUUCAUGGACGCGUUCGGGGGACCGCCCGCGUUCCUAUUCUCAUGGGUUUCGACAUUGGUACUGAAGCCGUCACAGAUGGCUAUAAUAUGUUUGAGUUUCGCGAAGUACGCAGUGGAACCGUUCGUUGCAGAAUGCGAACCGCCGGACAGCCUCGUCAAACUGGUCGCCGUCAUAUGUAUAGUGAUGAUAUUAGCAGUUAAUUGCUACAGCGUGAACUUGGCAACAAAUGUACAGAACAUUUUCACAGCAGCCAAAUUAGCAGCUAUUGCUAUCAUCGUGUGCGGAGGAGCUUAUAAAUUGAUAUUAGGUAAUACGCGACAUUUACAGGAGCCAAAUUUCGCCAGUAGCACGGCCACGCUAGGCAACAUUGCCACAGCCUUCUACACAGGCCUCUGGGCAUACGACGGUUGGAAUAACCUCAACUAUGUCACUGAGGAAAUUAAAAAUCCAUCCAAAAACCUGCCGCUGAGCAUAAUAAUCGGCAUCCCCCUAGUGACGCUGUGUUAUGCAUUAGUGAACGUGUCAUACCUGGCUGUAAUGUCGGUGAGCGAGAUGACAGACAGUGACGCUGUGGCUGUCACAUUCGGCAACCGUCUGCUGGGUCCUAUGGCUUGGCUCAUGCCGCUCGCUGUUACUAUUUCAACAUUCGGGUCUGCCAAUGGCACCUUGUUUGUUGCUGGAAGGUUAUGCUUUGCAGCUUCUCGAGAAGGACAUUUACUGGAUAUUUUGUCAUAUGUCCACGUGCGCCGCUUCACCCCUGCGCCUGGAUUGAUAUUCCACUCACUGAUAGCAGUAGCGAUGGUGUUAUCCGGAACAAUAGACUCGUUGAUCGACUUCUUCUCCUUCACCGCAUGGAUCUUCUACGGUGGUGCCAUGCUGGCUUUGAUCGUCAUGAGGUACACUAAGCCUCACGCACCUCGACCAUACAAGGUGCCGAUAAUAAUACCGAUACUGGUGCUGGUUGUGUCAACCUACUUGGUAGUGGCUCCCAUCGUCGACAAACCUCAGUGGGAGUACUUGUAUGCGGCUGCGUUCAUACUCGCCGGUCUUGUGGUCUACGUACCCUUCGUCAAAUGGGGGUUCUCGCUGCCGUUUAUGGAUAAAAUAACAGUUUUAUUACAAAUGGUGCUGGAGGUGGUGCCCACGUCAACCACGUUUGAAUACUGA